AUGGGUUUUGCUCAGAAAAUUGCCGCAGCUCAGAAUAACGAGAAGAUGGCCAAUAGUGGUUCAUACGGAGGUGCGCCUCCAGCAGGCUACACUGGGGGCCCUCCCGCAGCCUUGCAAAGUGGCGGAUCGAGUCAACAGCCGCAAUACCAGGCUUAUUCAGGAUCUCCGGCUCCUCAGGGAUCGAACAAUCCGUCAUCUCCCUAUUCCCGGCCUCCGCCAUCCACACCCUACCCCGCAGCUCAGCAAUCUCAACAACCGCAGGCCUAUGGCCGCCCGCCUCCACCCCCACCACAAGGCCAGCCCUAUGCCUCCGCUAGUUCGCCCUACCCAGGUCAGCAAGCGGGACAGCCAUAUGCUUCUCCGAGCUCGCCAUACCCAGGACGACAGUCUGCACAGUCGCCCUAUCCUGGUCAACAGCAACCUCCACAAGGAUACCCUGGACAACAACAAUAUCCCGGACAACAACAAUAUCCCGGACAACAACAAUAUCCUGUACAACAACAAUACCCCGGACAACAACCAUAUCCUGGACAACAACCAUAUCCUGGACAGCAGCCGUCAUAUAACCAGGCAGCGCCCUAUUCUUCUCAGGGAGCUCCAUACCCCGGUGGCCAGGGCCGUCCUGGACCCGCACCUGGACCACCAGGCGGACCACCACCAGGCCAGUAUGGCGCACCCGGAGGCGGCCCUCAGGCUGCAGCUCCCCCGGCUACACAGCAGCAGGCUGCAGCUUACCGAUCGCUUUUGAUUUCAACGAUUCAAGAGAGGAAUCUCCAAAGCUUCUACCCUCCGGAGCGACUGGACCGACUUGUUCAGUCGCUCGCCGCCGAAGCACCGGCUAAGCUCAAUAGGCUGAUUCAGGAAUGGGCCGUGCCCAUGGAGGUGGCGACCGAUGUCAUGAAGCUCUCGUUGUUCGACGUGAUUCUCUACGUUGAUGAUAGUGGAUCUAUUGAAUUUGAAGAGAAGGGACUCCGGAAGGAUCAACUCCGACAGAUUCUUGGUAUUGUAGCUACUGCUGCAUCUACCUUCGACCAGGACGGUAUCUCCGUCCGAUUCAUGAACUCUAGUGAGGUGGGCGAUGGCAUUCGCGAUGCGGAGGAUGUCAGUCGUCUAGUGUCCCGAGUCCGUUUCUCCGGCCUGACCCCCCUGGGCACCAGCUUGAAGUCCAAGGUCAUUGACCCGAUGGUCGUUCAGCCCGCCCGGGCCAAUCGUCUCGAGAAGCCUGUGCUGGUGAUCACCAUCACCGACGGACAGCCUGCUGGCGAGCCUCACGGCACUGUGGGUGAUGUCAUUCGCUAUGCAGUGGAGGAGACGUCACGGACCCGUUAUGGCCCUGGCGCCGUAUCCUUCCAGUUCUCGCAAGUGGGAACUGAUCAGCGGGCUCGCGACUUUUUGGGAUCUCUGGACCAGGACCCUCAUAUUGGCCACCUGAUCGACUGUACCUCCAACUUCGAGGUUGAGCAGGAUGAGAUGUCGCGUGCUAACCCACCAGUGCAUCUCACUCGUGAGCUUUGGUGUGCCAAACUGAUGCUCGGCGCUAUUGAUUCCUCCUACGACACCAAGGAUGAACGAGACAACGAACGUCGCGGUGCACCUCCACCUGCAUCGAUAAGCCAGUACGGAGGCGGACCAUACGGUCAACCCCCGCCACCCCAGGGCCAAGCUCAGCCUUCAUAUGGUCCGCCCCCUGGUGCCCCACCGGCUUCGUACGGUUCCCAGUCCGGCUACCCACCGCAGGGUGGUCAAUACCAACAGCAGCCUCCCCAACAGGCCCCCCAGCAGGGCACUCGUGGUGCCUAUGGCCAGCAACCGCAGUAUGGGUCACAGCCUGGACCUGGCUACCAGUAUGGCGGACAGCCGCCACGCUAUUGA